AUGGACGGCCUCUUGAUCGACUCGGAAGACCUGUACACAAUCUCCACAAACACCAUACUUGAGCGUUAUGGCAAGCCUCCAAUUCCAUGGUCUAUCAAAGCACAACUGCAAGGCCGUCCCGGGCCACAAGCGGGCCAGAUCUUCCACCAGUGGGCACAACUCCCCAUCUCGCGCGACGAGUUCAUGGUACAGCAGAGAGAGCUGCAAACAAAGCUUUUCCCCAGUACCAAGCCACUCCCAGGCGUCAUGGAGCUCCUCGCGGGUCUAAAAAAGCGCGGCGUACACAUGGCUUUGGCGACGAGCAGUCAUGCCGCCAACUUCAAGCUGAAAAGCGCACAUCUGAACGACCUGUUCAAGUAUUUUGCACCAGAACAUCAGGUGCUCGGCGAUGACCCACGCAUACCUGCUGGCCGUGGCAAGCCCGCGCCGGAAAUUUACCUCCUCGCACUGUCGACCCUCAACAAGACGCUUGAGGCCCAGGGCCAGCCACCAAUACAGCCCGAAGAGUGUCUAGUGUUUGAGGAUAGUGUACCUGGUGUUGAGUCAGGCCGGAGAGCCGGCAUGCAGGUCGUGUGGUGUCCGCAUCCAGAGUUGCUGGUCGAGUACAAGGGUAGAGAACCGGCUGUGCUUGCGGGCUUGACUGGUGAGCACAAGGAUGACGAGGAGCAACAAUUGCAGAAGACGGAAGUCGAGGUGGCUCAGGGUAAGCGGAGUGUUGGCAUGCCGGGUGAGAUUGACGAUGGGUGGGCAAGAUUGUUGAAGAGCUUGGAAGACUUUCCUUAUGAUAGCUAUGGCAUGGACGAAUCCAAGGCUUAG